UGAUCGGCAUCCAUCAACCCCCCUCCAGCACCUGUGGACCAUUAAAACCCUCAGCAAUAACAACAAGAAACGAACUAUCGAUAAACUAAAGCCCAACAAAUGACAACACAAUGAUAGCGAACGCUAUGGCUUCAUACUCAGCAACACUAACAAGCACAGCCACGAAUCUGCCCAGCAUCCUACAAAACACGACCCUUCACAACAAAACCAACGUUACCACCAUUGAAAACCCCCGUCCGGACUGGACAGAUCUUUUGGUGCUCAUCGUGAAGGGCUGCAUUUUCGGCAUCAUCAUCAUCAGCGCAGUGUUAGGCAAUGCUCUGGUGAUCAUCAGUGUCCACCGCCACAGGAAGCUCAGGGUCAUCACGAACUAUUAUGUCGUCAGUCUAGCUAUGGCUGAUAUGUUGGUAGCGCUGUGCGCUAUGACGUUCAACGCGAGUGUGGAGCUGACCAACGGUAAGUGGUUGUUCGGGUAUUUUAUGUGCGAUGUCUACAACAGCUUGGACGUUUACUUUUCCACCGCGAGCAUUCUGCAUUUGUGCUGCAUCAGUGUGGACAGGUACUACGCGAUAGUGCGACCUCUAGAAUAUCCCAUCACCAUGACCCACAAGACCGUGUCCUUCAUGCUAGCCAACGUGUGGUCGCUACCUGCUGUGAUCAGCUUCACUCCGAUCUUCCUCGGCUGGUACACUACAGAUGACCACAAGCAGUACCGUCUGAGCCACCCCGACGUAUGCAUUUUCGUGGUGAACGAGUACUACGCCGUGAUAAGUAGCUCCAUCAGUUUCUGGAUACCGGGUAUUGUGAUGGUGACGAUGUACUGUAGAAUUUACAAAGAAGCAGUGAGGCAGAGAAAGGCCCUGUCCCGGACUUCUUCUAAUAUUAUUCUGAACUCGAUUCACCAGCACAGAACGUCGUAUCGCGAUCGGUAUGGGGACCACUACUUGCAUCCCUCCGAUGGGGAAAUGACGACGGUGGGGCAGAUUAAUGGGAGGAGGAGUACCAGUUCUGGGUCCGCGGUUUCCUACGGGACUACCAUUACGGAGUUCAACACGGCUAUCAACAGUCGGGACAAUAGCAAAGCUGCCACGGAGCUGAAUGUCAAUGGCAACCCACCAAACAUACACUCAAAUCAUAGCUAAACCCUUGUGAUGCCAAGAACUGGAAGGUUUCCGACGUCAACAUGUUGUGCUGGAUGUAGAAGAGUUGGCAGCACUGCUGAAACACAUUUACUGUCCAGAAAAAGAGAAUUAUACUGUUCUGUUC